AUGACGAAAGAGGCGGCGGAUGCAGAUGUUGGGAACCUCAGCCAGAAGCCGCCCAAAAUGGCGUCGCUGAUGGCAAACAAGGACCAUCCCCAACGCGAGCUGCUCUUCAAGGCGAUCCAUCCUGCGAGUUCUUUGGAGGCGUGGAUGGAGAAAGGACUGCACCGCGUUGAAGAUGAUGAGGACGAGUGGCUGGAGGGCUUCGCAGCGGCACGGGCAUGA